AUGUGUAAAGGCGCAACAUGGAAACGUGAGGUCGUCCCCGACCACAAGUUCGACUUCCUCGACACUCGUGACUUCAGGGACACUGGAUUUGGCAUGCGGAUGAAGUACCUCUGGCUCUACAUCGGCGUGCUUAUCUCCUUCCUCGUCUACGUUUCCGACAUUUUCACAGCGAUCACCAUGCUCACAACCACAUCAUGGUCAAACGCUAUCUUCAACAGUUGUCCCAAGAACAACAGCAACGGCUGUGUUUACAUUCCUUUCAGCAUUGGUCGUUGGUUGUUCUUCGGAUGUGUCAUUGCGUCGUUCAUAUUGCUUGCGUAUGAUUCAUACAAGGCCAGGAAGAUCAUCCAGAGCCGUGAUAUCUCCUACGCCUUCACCAACGUAAUGGCCAACAAGUACUACUCCCUUCGGUCUUACGACCACUUCUGUCUCUUCGAUCACAUCUCGGCCUCUACGAAGCGGAUGGAUGACUUCGCUUUCUUCGUCUUCUUCACCUUCAAGAGUUGGAAGCGAAUUCUGUUUGCCGAUGGCCCUCGUCAGUCUAUCAACGCCCUGACACUCUACGCCUUCUACCUCUCCAAAGAGGAUGAUGGCGACUGGUACGACAUCAAGAAGUACUUCCAAGGCACUUACAUCACCUCGGCCCUUACCGUGUCCACGGCCUUCACUGUCACCGUCUUCGCGAUCUCCCUCCUCAUGCUCAUCGUUGCCGGCAUCUGCUACAUCCCCCUGCUCAUGCACAUUCAGGGUAACCUGAAAGAGUACUGUUGCUACAAGGUUGACAAGCGUAUCGCCGAGAUCAUCAAGCGCAAGAACAAACAGCGUCUUGCGAAGGCCGCCGCUCUUGCGAAGAAGGAGGCUGCCGGCGACUACUCUCACCUCAAGAACAAGAAGGGAGAUCUCAUUGCGAAGCCACUUCCUCAGCCUACCCUUCCGAAUCUCUCUGUCGACGACGACAUCAACGACACUGCCUCCAUGCGCACUCGCGGACCGGCCCCAAGCACCACUUACGCAGGUACCGACUACUACAGCGAGUACAAGGUACCGAUGGACUAUGCUUCGGAGUACCCUACGGACUAUCCCCCCAUGCCAGCAUACGCAGGAGGCUACCACCAGUAUAACGGUUCAAUCGGCACGCUCCCCGAGCACGGCGGUCCGCGCUACGACGACGACAACGCCAGCCAGGUCCAUCUCACCUCCUCUGCGGCGCCGUUGGGUCAUGCCGAAGGCGCGUACGGAGCAUACGAACAGUACGACCAGUAUCGCGCUGCCAGCGCCGCUCCGGAUUAUCGUUCGCAGAGCACGGCCCCCGACUACCGUUCGCAAAGCACGGCCCCCGACUACCGCUCGCAAAACACAGUGCCCGACUACCGCACGCAAGCCUCCGUCCCCGACUACCGCUCUAUGAGCACUGCGCCAGACUACCGCUCUGGUAGCACUGCGCCAGACUACCGGUCUGGUAGCACGGCACCAGACUACCGUUCCGCUAGCACUGCGCCGUAUGGCUACCAAGGCCAGCAAGAGUACAUGAACAACCCGUACUCACCCUCCGCCCACCAAAUGCUUGAUCACCAUCGGCAGCCCGAUCCCUACGGGUACCAGCAACAGAGCGGCGGCGGAGAUCAGUACUACAACGGUAGUGGACACGGUCACGCCAUGUAG